AUGAUCGAGGAGGCAAACAAGACUGUUUGGUGUGGAAAUUUAUCGGAACAAGUUACCGAAGAACUUCUUUAUGAGCUAUUUGUUCAAGCAGGUCCAGUAGAAAAGGUUAUAAUACCAAAAGACAAAGAUGGUAGACAGAAGAAUUUCGCUUUUAUAACAUACUGCCAUGAAGUAUCCGUGCCAUAUGCCAUUAAUUUAUUCCGUGGCACAGCACUGUUUCAUAGAACGCUGCUUCUACAGAAUAGAGGUCGAAUGGUAUCAUUGCCGCCACCUAUUAGAUGUUAUGGCCCCGAAGCGAUGCUCGACUUGAAUGCUCAGUCUAGUGUCACACAACAGUUCACCGAGAUGACUGAAAAGCUUAAGGAGGAAAAUCCCCAACCAAACCACUUACCCACACAAAGACAAGAUAUGAGUGACCAACUCGUAGUAGCUAGUUUGCAGGGUAAUUGGUCAAAUCGACACCAUCCUUAUAGGUCUAAAGAGAAAUUUCAUAAUCGCGACGACUAUAGACCUAGAGAAGGUCAUGACAAUUACGGCAGAAGCAAAACAAGUUACUGGAGAGAAAGACAGACCCAUAGAAAAAGGAGGCGUGAUUAA